CUCGUCGGUGCCAGCCCGGAUCCCCGAACUCGCGGUCGGCCCGCCGGGCCGCUAAGGCGCUUCCUGGGAGGAAGAUAGACGAUGCAUCGUAGGACAGCUCCAGGCAGGGACGCACGAUCCUGAACACUGUCGCUCCGGGGACUGUGCCCCGAGAUCGAGAUUAGGUAGACCGCACCCGAAGCUCUGGGGGCUCGGUGGCGCAGAGGACCAGCGUGGGACCGCCACCUGGAGCGCAGCUGCCAGAUAUGAAUGGUAAUGGCAUAUAUUUUGGUUCUGAGUUGCUCAGCAGUCUGUGGAUUGAAUGAACCGUACCCGUCCCCAUCAUGUGGUAUAAUGUGAAGGCUCUCCACUAGUAGCACCUGCAUUCUUAUUAUUGUCCAAGUCAAUGACAUCCAGAACUUCAGCUAAGAGACAGUAAGGUUUGGCUGUCAUUGAGGUAUGAACCAGGCUCUACCAGUGUAUUUAAACAGUCAGAGGAAACACCCUAGACUAUGUCAGAGAGUCACAAUGACAUUGCACAAUAGCAGUACAACCUCACCUUUGUUUCCAAACAUCAGCUCUUCCUGGAUAUACAGCUCCUCAGAGGCAGGGCUGCCACCUGGGACAGUCACUCAUCUUGGCAGCUACAACAUUUCAGGAUCCGUUGGGAAUUUCUCCUCAAAUGACACCUCCAGUGACCCUCUGGGAGGUCAUACCAUCUGGCAAGUGGUCUUCAUCGCAUUCUUGACGGGCUUCCUUGCCCUAGUGACCAUCAUUGGCAACAUCCUUGUCAUUGUGGCUUUUAAGGUUAACAAGCAACUGAAGACAGUCAACAACUACUUCCUCUUAAGCCUGGCCUGUGCUGAUCUGAUUAUUGGGGUCAUUUCAAUGAAUCUGUUCACCACCUACAUCAUCAUGAAUCGAUGGGCACUGGGAAAUCUAGCCUGUGACCUCUGGCUUUCCAUUGACUAUGUGGCGAGCAAUGCCUCCGUCAUGAACCUACUGGUCAUCAGCUUUGACAGGUACUUUUCCAUCACAAGGCCACUCACUUACCGAGCCAAACGAACAACAAAAAGAGCUGGUGUGAUGAUUGGCCUGGCUUGGAUCAUUUCAUUCAUCCUGUGGGCUCCUGCCAUCUUGUUCUGGCAGUACUUUGUAGGGAAAAGAACUGUACCCCCAGGAGAGUGUUUCAUUCAGUUCCUCAGUGAGCCCACCAUCACCUUCGGCACAGCAAUUGCUGCCUUUUAUAUGCCCGUCACCAUCAUGACUAUUUUAUACUGGAGGAUCUAUAAGGAAACUGAAAAACGUACCAAAGAGCUGGCUGGGCUGCAGGCCUCUGGGACAGAAGCUGAGGCAGAAAACUUUGUCCACCCCACAGGCAGUUCUCGAAGCUGCAGCAGCUAUGAACUUCAACAGCAAAGCAUGAAACGUUCACCCAGGAAGAAGUAUGGUGGCUGUCAUUUCUGGUUCACCACCAAGAGCUGGAAGCCCAGCGCUGAGCAAAUGGACCAAGAGCACAGCAGCAGCGACAGCUGGAACAACAACGAUGCUGCUGCCUCUUUGGAAAACUCUGCCUCCUCUGACGAGGAAGACAUGGGCUCAGAGACAAGAGCCAUCUACUCUAUUGUACUCAAGCUUCCAGGUCACAGCACCAUCCUGAAUUCCACCAAGCUACCCUCAUCUGACAACCUGCAUAUACCAGAUGAGGAGCUGGGGACUAUGGAUGUGGAGAGGAAUGCCAAUAAGCUGCAGUCCCUGAAAAGCAUUGACGAUGGUGACAAUUGUCAGACGAGCUUCUCCAAGCUUCCCAUCCAGUUAGAGUCUGCUGUGGAUGCAACCAACACCUCUGACACCAACUCAUCAAUGGACAAGACCACAGCCACUCUACCUCUGUCUUUCAAAGAAGCCACACUGGCCAAGAGAUUUGCUCUGAAGACCAGAAGUCAGAUCACCAAGCGGAAGAGGAUGUCCCUCAUCAAGGAGAAAAAGGCAGCACAGACCCUCAGCGCUAUCCUGCUUGCCUUCAUCAUCACGUGGACCCCAUACAACAUCAUGGUCCUGGUGAAUACCUUCUGUGACAGCUGCAUACCCAAAACCUAUUGGAAUCUGGGCUACUGGCUCUGCUACAUCAACAGCACCGUGAACCCCGUGUGCUAUGCCCUGUGCAACAAAACAUUCAGAACCACCUUCAAGAUGCUUCUGCUAUGCCAGUGUGACAAGAGGAAGAGGCGCAAGCAGCAAUACCAGCAGAGACAGUCGGUCAUUUUCCACAAGCGAGUGCCUGAACAGGCCUUGUAAAAGACGGUUUAUCAACAACAGCGACAACACGCCUGUCAGCCAACACAUCCUAGCAAGAGUCAGGCAAGGGUGGGGGUGGCCAUUCCUGGUGAUGAUGAAAGGGUUUUAUCACACAGAUAGGAGAGAAGCUGCCUGUUUACUGAUGCAUUGAGUAAACAAGUUUUAAUUUAAAAAGUCAAUGCCAAUUCAGCAAAAAAAAUAAAAUAAUAACACUAGUACCGAAUAUAAAGAAAUGUAUUCUGAAAUAGACAAGUGUUGUUUUCUUUUUCUUAAAGAGGGGAAAAAAACGUUGCCUCACUGCAAUUAUAUUCUCAAGUUGAUUUGCCUGAGUCUUACAUCCCUUUAGCUCUGGACUCACAGAUGAGCCUCUCUGGGCUGGUUGCCAUAUUCUUCCCACGGAUCCCAGGUUGAUCCAGAUCCCAUGUGGAACACAGCAGGCUUGGGAAUUUGUGGUUUUGAAAUUAUUCCGUACGUUGCAAAGCUGAUACUUCUUGUCUCAGUAGAGCUUCAGUCCUUUCUUUGCUGUGUUGUUAAACUCUUUUCUGUGGACUUGAUUCUUGCAAAGUACUGUUGUGUGCAGUUCAAGUUUCAUACAAAUAAAAUUGCAUAAGUAUAUGUGUGAGUUCUGCACGCACACACAUAGCGUAUAUAAUAUCAUGGGAAACACUGAACUGACAAAUUAUUCUUGCAAUAUAGGUUUUCAGUUCUUUGAUAACUGAAAUUCUCUAGGAUCCUAAUACAAUAUGAAAGUGAAAUAAGCCCAGUUUAUUGUUUGACACUGGAGCUGUUUUCUACAAACCACGCUGAGGAAUAUUUAGCACAGAGCAGACAGGCCUUCCCAGCAGGUCUUUGCCAGGUGGAUGGUCUCAAGGGUCAGUUGGCAGCCCAUCUUUACCAGGCUCUGAAUGCAUACAGUGUUUUUAUUGGUAGUUCCUUCAAUGGAGCUAAACAAGGGCCCCUCUAAGCACAAAAGAAUGAACUAUAGACACACAUUUGAAUUUAGUCAUCCAAAUCUGAAUGUUUCAAAGCAAAAUUUCUGUCUCUAAACUGCUUGAAACUUAGUCAUGGUGCCACCUUGAAUGUCACAUGCAGCAAUAUGCAUGGCAAAGCAAAGAAGCACUGUGCUGGGGGCCAACAGCAAGGUUUUGUUUGUUCGUUUGCUAUUUGGCACCUUCCAGAAGAAAGUAAGACUUAUCCCUUGCAACUUAGCAGUGGCCAGGGCUUGCUGCCUGUCAUUGUAUAACCUUUACCCAAAAAGAGGGGAAUAGCUAGGCAGUCAUGUGUCCACUGAAGGAUGAAUUGCACUUGGAAAAGUAUUGCUUCAAAUUGAUUUCCUUCCAUUUUGAAAAUUGAAUUUUGCAUUAUCCUUUGAACUGACCCAAACUCUCAAUGUUUUCUCUGGGGGAGGGGAGGGUGCUGCUGCUCUCGCUGUCAUUGCUGCUGUAUUGUUGGGUUCCUCCUUUCCUUUUGCUGAGACUGUGUGGGGGGUGGGGGGCGGGAGGGCUGUGGAGAACCCUUCCUUCGUGCUCUGGCAUCCAUCUGUGUUGUGAACCCAGAGCUGGGGCCAAAGCUGCUUUUGUAUUCAGUGUGAGGUGGUGUUUACAGGCGACUUUGACCAACAGUGGAUGUGUUCUCAGUGGUGCGUGUGUACCUGAACUAUUUAAUGUUGUGUUAUGUUUAUAUAAAGAAUAUUUAUGCCUACACCAAGUGUUUGUUUAAUGUUGAUAAAAUAUGACUUCUUCA